AUGGGCCUCUACAGCGCAUCAUGCCAUGAAAUCUCGGAACAGAUACACCAAAGCCGCUCCGCAAGACUCCAAUCUUCCAAUGUGUUUGCAAGAAUAUGGUACAAUUUGAAGUAUAAGAUUCUGGACUACGUGAUAGACCCCAUCAUAACCUUCACAAGGUGUGUAGAGCUCGCUUGCAUAUUCUUGCCGUUGCUUCUAAGCUAUCCCAUUUGUCUCUAUGAUCGAAAACGUCAAACUGGAGCCAAAUUAUGGUACAGAUACAUCAGAUGGUCAGCCGAAAUUGCAGGCGCCUCUUUCAUCAAAUUGGGCCAAUGGGCUGCCACAAGGGCCGACAUUUUGCCUAAGGGAAUGUGUGAGGAGUUGAACAACUUACACUCCAAUUCCAAAGCCCACAGCUUCCAUCAGACCAAGAAAAUUGUCAGUGCAAGCUUUGGAAACCACAGUUUCGAGGAGAUUUUCGAGGAAUUUAACGAGACCCCUGUGGGAGUUGGUGCAAUUGCCCAGGUGUACUUGGCGAAAAUCAACCAGAAGUUUAUUAAGGAGGUGACCGACGACGAGGAAAAAAUUGCUCUGCAAUUAAAGUUCAAUAAGAAUCCAGACAACCAAAGCAGGUAUAAGUCGAUCCUAGAAAAGUUCAUUAUCCAAGAUGAUCCACUCAAAUCGAACCAGCAAGUGGCCAUCAAGGUGCUACACCCAAAUGUCGAGGUCAAAAUACGUCGAGAUUUAAAGCUCAUGAGGUUUUUUGCCAACUUCAUCAAUGCAAUACCCACCAUGGAAUGGCUCUCUCUACCGGACGAAGUGGAUCAGUUCGAAAUACUCAUGAGGUUACAGUUGGAUUUGAGAAUCGAAGGAUACAAUCUUGCAAAGUUCAGAUACAACUUCAAAGACAAACCUGAUAUCCAUUUCCCCAAACCAUAUCUUUCUUUCACCAGUCGAUGUGUGCUAGUGGAAGAGUACAUGCAUGCCAUUCCGUUGGAAAAGCUUCUUUCCAUACACAAAAACUUUGGGCAAAAUCUUUCCAAGGAAGUGAGUGAUAAAGGACUUGAUUCGUUCUUGCAGAUGUUGAUUUUGGAUAACUUUAUUCACGCUGAUUUGCACCCAGGAAACAUGAUGGUUAGAUUCUACAAAAACACCCAUUACCAGCAUAAAAAGGAGUAUAAGAUCAUCAAGAGCUCCAACGAAAGCGAGACCAAUAAGAUCACUGAAGAAUUUCUUAAUCUCCCUGACGAUCAAGACUUGUGGUGUGAAAAGCUCCACGACCUCUACCACCAAGGAUACCAUGCCGAAAUCUGUUUUCUCGACGUAGGAAUUGUGACCGAGUUGAACCAGGUGGACCGAGUGAAUUUCAUUGACUUGUUCAAAGCUCUUUCUGAUUUUGAUGGAUAUAAAGCAGGGGAAUUGAUGAUUGAACGGUCCCGUACACCAGACUCGGCCAUUGACACCGAGUUGUUUGCCAUGAAAGUUGAAAAGCUCGUGGACCGAAUGAAACAAAGAACGUUUGCAUUGGGGAAUUUGAGUAUUGGUGAUCUCCUUGAACAGGUGAUGACAAUGGUCCGGAAACAUCAUGUUAGAAUGGAAGGGGACUUUAUUAGCAUAUUGGUAGCGAUAUUACUACUCGAGGGAAUUGGAAGACAAUUGGACCCCGGCCUCGAUUUGUUUGCAAGGUUCGUAUACGCGAUGAUCUUUGACUACGAUGUUGAAAAUUACUAA